AUGUCUCUCCACGUCCCCUUGCCGCAUCGUUCUGCCACUCCGGUGGGCGCUGCCACCAAGGCUGUGAUCCUGGUCGGUGGUCCUUCUCGCGGCACUCGAUUCCGCCCUCUAUCUCUCGACCUCCCCAAGCCGCUCUUCGACGUUGCUGGCCACCCCAUCAUCUGGCACUGCCUCGACGCCGUUGCGCGCGUCAAGCAGAUCCAGGAGGUCUACAUCAUCGGCUACUACGAUGAGUCCGUCUUCCGCGAUUUCAUCAAGGACUCGGCCCGCGAGUUCCCCGGCAUCAACCUGCGAUACCUGCGCGAGUACGAGGCCCUGGGCACCGCGGGCGGCCUGUACCACUUCCGCGAUGCCAUCCUAAAGGGCCGCCCCGAGCGCCUCUUCGUCCUCAACGCCGACGUGUGCUGCUCGUUCCCCCUCGAGGAGAUGCUCAAGCUCUUCAUGGAGCGGGACGCCGAGGCCGUCAUCCUGGGAACCCGCGUCAGCAACGAGGCCGCCUCCAACUUUGGCUGCAUCGUCUCCGACUCCCACACCCGCCGCGUGCUGCACUACGUCGAGAAGCCCGAGUCGCACAUCAGCAACCUCAUCAACUGCGGCGUCUACCUCUUCUCCGCCGACGCAAUCUUCCCCUCCAUCCGAUCCGCCAUCAAGCGCCGCACCGACAGGCCCCGCCUCGUCUCGUACCCGUCCUCGGACAACCUCGACCACUUCAGGAUGCCCCGCGCCGUGGCCGACGACGACGACGACGAGGACAAGAAGGAGGUCAUCCGCCUCGAGCAGGACAUCCUCGGCGACAUGGCCGACAGCAAGCAGUUCUACGUGUACGAGACCAAAGACUUUUGGCGCCAGAUCAAGACGGCUGGCUCUGCCGUGCCCGCCAACGCCCUGUACCUGCAAAAGGCCUGGCAGACCGGCAGCGAGGAGCUCGCCCCCGCCAGCGCCAACAUCGUUCCCCCCGUCUUCAUCCACCCAACUGCCGACGUUCACCCCACGGCCAAGCUCGGCCCCAACGUCAGCAUUGGACCCCGAGUCGUCGUCGGCGCCGGUGCCCGUGUCAAGGAGAGCAUUGUGCUCGAGGACUCUGAGAUUAAGCACGACGCCUGCGUGCUCUACUCCAUCAUCGGCUGGGGCAGCCGUGUUGGCGCCUGGGCUCGUGUCGAGGGUUCACCUACCCCUGCCGGCAGCCACUCCACCAGCAUCAUCAAGAACGGCGUCAAGGUCCAGAGCAUCUCCAUCCUGGGCAAGGACUGCGGUGUUGGCGACGAGGUCCGCGUGCAGAACUGCGUCUGCCUGCCAUACAAGGAGCUGAAGCGGGACGUCACCAACGAAGUCAUCAUGUAA